UUGAUAUAAAAAACUGUAAUACACAAAAAUCGUGAAAUUUUUUUUAUUAGUAUAGAGAAAAAUUGCAUGUUCUAAUAAUUUUAGAAUACAUUUUUUUCAUUUCUUCAAACAUUGUGCACAUAAAAUACUAAAUUGCAUUAUUCUUACAUGCAUUUUUAUCUAUACAAUCUAUGCACUUGUUGAUUUCUCAUAAGUAUCACUAUAAUAUAAUGCAUGCAAUAAAUAUCGAAUAUGCAAUAAAUAUCAAAUAUGCUGCAAACUACCUUACACGUGAAGAAACUUUUAUAUUUCUGUAUAGCACUGCACUUGAGUUUUUCUGUUGCUGCUUUGUUGCUUUAGUGCAUAAACUUCAAAACCUUUCCGGGGUACGCUAAAGUACGACUGGUGGUCGAAUGUCGAAUGCGUACAUCACCGCACGAAUCAUUGCAUAUUUAAUCCGAAUAAUAUGCGACUACUAAGAAAAGGAAACGUGACCCCUAUGUGCUUUCCCUCGUCAUAUUCGCGUUCGCACGAAUCAUUGUAUAUUUAAACCAGAUAAUAUGCUAUAACUGGCACUCAAGAGAUGACCCUAUGUUCUCUUCUUUCUCUCUUGCUUGUCAUAUCGAUAUUAUAGGAAAUUAUGAUAAACACGAGCGAGACAAAUUUCAUGUACCAUAAAAAUAUUUAAUAAGCAACUACUAUUGAUCACUCGUCCAAUAAGUCUUACUUGCUUCUUAGAAUCCUUUAGUCUUUUCCACAACGUACAUUACGCUGCGGUUGGAAAAUAUAAUUUCAAUGAGAGUAUACGUUCCUUAUUCUUAUCUUCGAUAAAAGAAUUCCUAGAUUUUGAUGCCCUAACUUGUAUACAGAUAAUAGUAGAGAAAGACAAGAAGUUAUGGGGAGUAAACGUACGAUCAGUCGCACGGUAGAAUUUUUUCUUACCGCAUUCGGUGUCUGGCCAGGUGCACCAAUAUUCUAUAGAAUGUUCAGUGUGUUUUUACUAGGAACUACUGUAUUACUCCAUUGCUGGUACAUUAUGAUGCAUUUUAAUCUCGACAAUCUCUUCAAUUUGAUGGAUUGUCUGAGUAGUUUCUUGGCGUUUUUGAAAGUAACCUGUAAUAUCAUUAUCUUCACGUUAAAAUAUCAAAAAUUUAACGAAAUCUUGACGACAAUAAUGGAAGACUGGGACGAUUGUGGUAACAGUGAUGUUGCAUUGCGCGAAGUAACAAACAAAGCAAAACUGUCAAGUCGUAUUUCUAAUGGAUUAAUUCUUCUUCAUACAUUCGGUGGACUUGCGUACGUUAUUAGCAUUCUGCUAAUUGUUAUCGAAGUCGACGUCACCGAUCAAUCUAUGGAUGAAAUACCUUUCAUGAUGAAAAUGGAAUAUCCCUUCGUUAUAAACACGCAACGCAAGUACAGACUGGUAUUAGUUACGCAAUUUAUUGGCGUGAUGUUGUGCACUUGGGGAGCUGGUUUAUUCAACGGUCUGUUUUUAACUCUGACUUUACACGUGGGCAGUCAAAUAAAUAUUCUACUUUAUUCGUUGACGGCAAUUGGAUCUAAAGAUAUCCGGAAAAAAGAUUCAUUCCUCACUGUUAUGACGAAAAUCAUUGAGAAACAUAAAAAAAUUAUCAUUCUUUCGGAGAACAUUGAAAAUGUCUUUGCACCUAUUUCUUUAAUGAAAUUUCUAUCGAAUACAACGAUGAUUUGUUCAUUAGGAUUUCUCAUUGUAACAGCACUCGACGGUCCCGGUGCUGCUGAAAAAAUAUUGAGAUCUCUUACAUUUUUUUGUGUAACAAACGUCGAAGCGUUUAUACUUUGCUUCGCUGGAGAAUACAUGAGCAAUAAGAGUAAAGAGAUAGGAAACGCGGCAUACAAUUCUUCUUGGUAUGAUAUGAAUGUUAAAAACAGUCGUCUUUUGUUAUUUAUAAUUUUACGAUCGCAGAAGCAAUUGCAGUUUACAGCGGGCAAGAUGGUAGUUCUCUCCUUAGAGUGCUUUACAAACGUGAGAUAUGUAAUAACUAAAGAUAUAAAUAUUUUAAUUAAAUCUUUUAUAUAUUUUUUUAUAUCUAACGAUGAUAACAUUAUUAUCGUUCAAAGCAGACUUUUUAUCAUACAAAAUUGUUUAUGUAGACAUAUAAUAAUAAUAAUAAUGCGUAUAUAUUUUUCUUUGUUAUUAAUAAAAGCAAUAUUUUAUAGAUUAUGAAGGCUUCUGGAUCAUAUUUAUCAGUACUUUUGGCAAUGAGAUGAACAUUGGAGCAUAGUUUUGUAAUUUGUUGAAGAUGUGUUACAUAUAUUUUCUAGUUAUAAUGGAUAAAAGUUAUGAAUUAUCGAUUGUUCUUAGAGAUUACACAGAGAUUACAUUUGAAAGUAAUAUAAAAAA